GUCCUGGUCUAAAGACGUCAGCUCAGAUUUCAGGAAAUGAACGCAUCGUCUGCCAACAUGACCGUGGUUCUUCAGUAUCGAGACUCGUUCACUAAAGCCGUGACCAAGAAUGUGAUUGUCGUGGUUCUUGGUAUCUCCAUCAACUACAUCAACGCAGGCCUCAUUCACACCUUCAGGAAACACCAGAUCUUCUACACGAAUCCCCGCUACAUCCUUUUCAUUCACCUGGUGGUCAACGACAUGAUCCAAGUGACACUGGCUAUCAUCCUGUUUGUCAUCAGCUACACCAUCUACAAACUCAACGUCUCCCUCUGUUGCAUUUUCAUUCUCCUGACUCUGAUCACCACUGAAAACACUCCUCUGAAUCUGGCCUGCAUGGCGGUGGAGUGCUACAUCGCCAUCUGCUUCCCCCUCCGCCACGCACAGAUCUGCACCGUCAAGAGAACUUGGAUGGUGAUUGGUUUGAUGUGGGCGACAAGCCUGUUGUCAGUUCUUCCUGAUCUCUUCAUCACCUUGGCCACAGAGCCUCUGGACUUCUUCCAUUCCAAAGUGUUCUGUCUCCGGCAAACUGUCUUCCCAAACCCCCUCAUUGUCAAGAAGAGGGACGUCACUUAUGUUGUGUUUUUAGUGAUGGUUUGGCUCGUUAUCUUUUACACCUACUUCAGGAUUCUGUUCACAGUAAAAUCAGCUCGCAAAGAUGCUAGCAAAGCCAGAAACACGAUCAUGCUCCACGGGUUUCAGCUGCUGCUGUGUGUGACAGCAUAUGUUGGACCACAGUUCAAAAAUGCUCUGCUGCUGUGGUUCCCGAAGAACUACACUGACUCCCUCUUUGCCACGUACGUCAUAAUACAGAUGCUGCCGCGAUCCAUCAGUCCUAUAAUCUACGGGGUGCGAGACAAAACGUUCAGGUCGUACCUGAAACAGCACCUGAUGUGUAAAGUCAGAAUAUCGUGAAAAAGUUCCUGACAAAAUAGCCUGUGAUCUCCUCACCUUCACUCCAAUAAUAUGCUAUAACAGUCAUUCCCAAAGACUGGGUGGAGGUCCACAGGUGGGUCAUGGUAAAUUAUUUAUAGAAUCCCAGAUUUAUUAUUUUCAUGCAACAUAUGUUGGAAACUAUUUGUUUCCCAAAUUAAAAUUAUAUCAAGUGUUACAGAUAUGGCUGUAAAUUAGAUGAUACCAUAUGCAUACAUUUGCCCUUGCUUUAUACUGUGAUACGAUUCACAACUGCAAUCUUCAUGUUUGUACUCCUUGUAGAAAUGGUGGGAAACGCUGUGCUGUAACAUAAGAGCAGCUGCAGUAUUAAAGUGAUAGUUUAGUUUUUUUACACUGUGGUUGUAGGAGAUACUGGCACAUAAAAAUGAUUUUACUCACUUAACAAACGGCGCACCUAAACCUGCACCUGCUUAAGUCUACAAUAUUGUAAGUAUAUGUUUUACAACUUUUACUCACAGAGACACAGGAGCUGCUGGUCCACUGCUGCCUCGUGUGGUCAG